AUGGGCCACGGCGUGGUGCGGCCCGCGCUGGCGGGGCUCAAGAGCGCCAGGGUGGCUGGCCUCGGCGCCGCGUUCUUCGCCGCCGCGGAGGCGCUCGAGGUCAGCGAGAACGUCGGCACCGUGAGCGACCACUCGCCGUCGCCCACGAGGAGGCUGUUCCUCGUGCUCCCUGUGGCGGCCCUCAACGCGGUGUUCGUGUACUGGAUAUUCAGCUCGCUGUCGAAAACGCUGAACAAGCUCAAGGCAAAACGAAUGACGGCGAACCUGGAGAUGUACCGGAGGUUGAACAACGCUUUGAUCAUCGCGGUGGCCGUGUCACUCGGCUGGAUCACAUUUGAGUCUCUCGCCACUCCAGAAUUGUUCCUUUCAGCAUCUGAUCUUAGUGAACACGUUCCAGUUUGA